AUGGCGCUCAAAGUGCCGCGAGCAGGUGGACCAAGCCUGUUCAAAGAUGGCUACAAGCAAUUUCAGGGCAUUGAAGAAGCUGUGCUACGGAAUAUCCAGGCCGUGAAUGAGCUGUCGGACAUUGUGCGCACUUCGUAUGGCCCCAACGGACGCAACAAAAUGAUUGUCAAUCACCUCGGUCGUAUUUUUGUGACGAGCGAUGCCGCCACGAUCAUCCGAGAAAUGGAAGUCGUGCACCCUGCUGCGAAGCUCCUUGUGUAUGCGUCUCAGCAGCAGGAAGCGGAAAUGGGCGAUGGUACCAACUUUGUCAUGAUCCUCGCGGGCGAACUUUUGCGCCAGGCUGAAGUGCUCAUUUCGCUGGGUCUGCACCCCACGGAGAUUGUGCAGGGCUACGAACUCGCACGCGAUCGUGCUCUUGAGAUCCUUGAUGACCUUUCGAUCGCGACGCUGUCGUCGCCACCGACGCAAGAGUCGCUGGCCCUCGCCCUGCGUCCGACGCUGGCGUCGAAGCAGUACGGACAUGAGGAUAUCCUAGCGCCGCUAGUCGCGCAGGCCGUGAGCAUGGUCAUUCCCUCGAGUGCUGCGACGUCGUCCACACUUCGUGACUUUAGUGUGGACAAUGUGCGUGUUGUCAAGAUCAUGGGCAGCAGCUUGUCUCAGAGCCGUGUUGUUCGUGGCAUGGUAUUUGGUCGCGAGCCGGAAGGCAGCGUCAAGUCGGCCUCGGACGCCAAGGUCGCUGUGUUUUCAUGUGGCCUAGAUAUCAGCCAAACUGAGACCAAGGGCACGGUGCUAUUGCACAAUGCGGAGGAGCUGAAGAACUUCUCGCGUGGCGAAGAAAUCCAGCUCGAACAGAUGCUCAAGGAAAUCGCUGACUCGGGCGUCAAGAUUGUGGUGACGCAGAGCUCGGUGGGUGAGUUGGCGUUGCAUUACCUCAACCGCUUGGGUAUUAUGGUAUGCCGUGUGCCGUCCAAGUUUGAUCUGCAGCGCCUAUGCCGCCUGCUGGGCGCUACGCCGCUGGCGCGUAUUGGUGCACCGAUGCCGGAAGAGGCCGGUUUUGUUGACUCGGCCGUGACGACGGAGAUCGGUGGUGACCGCGUCACUGUUUUCCGCCAGGAAGAACAGGGAAAGGGGGGCAAGUCGCACCCGCGUCUAGCGACGAUUGUUCUGCGUGGCGCGACGACAUCCAUGCUGGAUGAUGCUGAGCGCACGAUUGAGGAUGGCGUGAACGCAGUCAAGUCUCUGACGCGUGACCCGCGCCUGGUGCCGGGCGCAGGUGCGACAGAAAUUGAGCUGGCGCGGCAGAUUGUGGCGUAUGGUGAGCGUACGCCUGGCUUGAACCAGCACGCGAUCAAAAAGUAUGGCGAAGCGCUGCAGGUGAUUCCCCGUACGCUGGCCGAGACGUGUGGUCUGGACGCUACUGACGUCGUGAGCAAGCUGCAUGCACAGCACGCUGCGAAGGAAAAGGCUGACACGGGCGUGGACGUUGAGAACGCUACGGACGGCACCAUGUCGACGAUCGAUGCGCAGGUGUUUGACGUGCUCGUCGCGAAGCACUGGGCACUGCGGUACGCGACGAAUGCGGCGAUCGACGUGCUGCGUGUCGACUCGAUCAUCAUGAGCAAGCCGGCGGGCAUCAAGGCGCCGGGCCGAAACCCAAACUGGGAUGAGGAUUGA